AUGGAAGAUCCCAAGAUAAAAGAAGCCCGAGAGGUUAUGAAUAUACUACAAGAAAUAGCCACGAUGUUGAAUACGAACCUUGAUAGAGAAACAUUGUCUCUAUGUGUCUCUUUGUGUGAGAAUGGAGUUAAUCCAGAGGCUCUUGCCGCCAUGAUAAAAGAACUCAAAAGAGAAAGCGCUGCACAAGAGGUGUCAAUUUCACUUGAACAAUUCGUAUCUCGUUUUUGA